CCGGGAAUAGGAAGGUCUCACCCGGCGCUAUUUCCAGGACUGGGAACUCCAGUGGAGCUGGCCGGGGAGAGCUUUUUUUUUGCUCAUUACUCUGGACCACUCAAGCCAGCAAGGUGGCCUAAAUCCAAAGUCUUACAACGAGCGUGUUGUUCCCGGGGAGCCGGUGCUCUGGGAGCGGGCGAGGCGGUGAACGGACCCCGGCUGGCCGCUCACCGCUGCGGGGAGACGUGCUGCAGGGAGCCCGCUGGAGACUGGAUCCUCCAGCCCGGCUUAUUUAAAUGUCUCACAGCUUGGAAACCAAACAAUCAGAUGACGAUGGAGUAAAAUCUUGCGGCACGCAACCUGCCGCGAUUUCCUGCCUUAAAUAAAUAGAUGAUAGAGGAUACGAUGACCCUACUAUCUCUGCUCGGUCGGAUCAUGCGUUAUUUCUUGCUCAGACCGGAGACCUUGUUCCUGCUGUGCAUCAGCCUGGCUCUCUGGAGUUACUUCUUCCACACGGACGAAGUGAAGACCAUCGUCAAGUCCAGCCGGGAUGCCGUGAAGAUGGUGAAGGGGAAAGUGGCGGAGAUGAUGCAGAAUGAGCGCUUCGGAGGGCUGGACAUCCUGGACGCAGAGUUCGCCAAGACCUGGGAGUUUAAGAGCAGCAGCGCGGCCGUGUACUCCAUCCAGGGCCGGAGAGACCACAUGGAGGACCGGUUCCAGGUGCUCACGGACGCCGUCAACAAGAGCCACCCGUCUAUCUUUGGCAUCUUCGAUGGUCAUGGAGGAGAGGCUGCUGCUGACUUUGCUAAGGCCCACCUGCCAGAGGCUUUGCGCCAGCAGCUACUGACCUAUGAACGGGAGAAAGAGCGCAUACGUGAGAAGGACAAGGAGAAAGAUGAAAAAAAGGAGAGGGUCAACCUCUCCUAUCCCUCCAUCCUGGAGCAGCAGAUACUGAUGUUGGACAAAGAAAUGCUGGACAAGCUCUCUGCUGCUUAUAAUGAAGCAGGGACGACAUGCCUGGUGGCUUUAUUGUCUGAUAAGGAGCUGACUGUGGCUAAUGUUGGAGACUCUCGAGGAGUUCUGUGCGAUAAAGACGGCAAUGCCAUUCCUCUGUCACAUGACCACAAACCAUACCAGCUCAAGGAACGCAAGAGGAUCAAGAAGGCUGGUGGCUUCAUCAGUUUCAAUGGCUCAUGGCGUGUCCAGGGAAUCUUGGCCAUGUCCCGUUCUCUCGGUGAUUACCCUCUGAAAAACCUCAACGUGGUCGUUCCCGAUCCCGACAUCAUGUCCUUUGACCUGAACAAGCUGCAGCCCGAGUUCAUGAUCCUGGCGUCGGAUGGUUUGUGGGACACCUUCAGCAACGAGGAGGCCGUUCGCUUCAUCAGGGAGCGACUGGACGAGCCGCACUUCGGCGCCAAGAGCAUCGUCCUGCAGUCCUUCUACCGCGGUUGCCCUGACAACAUCACAGUCAUGGUGGUCAAGUUUAAAGGCAAGACCAGUGAGAAGUAGUAGUCUCCCACACACACAGCAUCUAAAUUAUGUUUGAAUUUAACUGAUAGGCUCACGGUAAAAAGAUUUAAUCGCUUUUUGAGCGAGAACUAUUUCUAUCACAGAUAUUUACAACAAUUUGCUUUCCGAAACUUAUCUCAAACCUCCCCAUAAAACCCUUCACCCCUUCUUUUACCGCCACACAAGUGACACCAUGAAAAUGUCUUUGAUUUAGGUUUGGCUUACUUUUGAUGGUCCAUAAUGUGAGGUUAGUGGCCGUUAUGCAAAUAAUCAGUUUUUUAGCACCCAUGAGUCUGCAUAUCUGUGUGUGCGUGUGCGUUUGCGUGCGUGUGUGCGUGUGUGUGUGUGUGUGUGCGUGUGCGUGUGCGUGUGUGUGUGCGUUUGCGUGUGUGCGUGUGUGGUUGGAAGAUGAAAUAGUGACAGUUUUGUGAUAAACUUGCACAUAAAUCUCACGUUUUUAAGCAAAUCAUUGUCUUGCCAGGAACAACAGAUUCAGAGAUCACGUGAUGACGUGGCAUUUGAUUUCUGUAUCAUUUUGAAUGAGAUGUUUAUGAUUCAUUUUAUGUAUAUUUUUAGUUUUUAUGUCUGUAUUCACGACCUGAACUGACAGUCGUGGGCUGAAGGUUCGGUGUUUUAGCACAGCAGCAACUUACUUUUUGUUAAGUAAUACGUUUCGUGUGCAAGUUAUUAACGUGAAUAUACACUUAUUCAUGAACAUAAAUUAGAAGCCUGUACUUCUCACCUUCCUGCUCAUAUUGUACAGCAAUAGAAACGAUUACAUUUUUAUAUCAUACUUGCUGCACGUGGGAAAUUUGGAUGUAAGAAUGGUUGACGUGUUUUGUGUUGAGCUUCCCCAUUUUGAUACAUUUGGUUGUUUUGCAUCUUUAUUUAAAAGUACUGCUUAUAGUUUCUGCUCUGACGUCUCAUAUCUCAUGUGUUUUAACUUUUAAAUACUUUUUUUUAAUGCUAAGAGAUUAAUCUGCUCUGCCACUCUGUCCAGACCUGAUUUAUCAAGAUCUGUAUUACUAAUAUAAAUGUAUAAUGUAAUAAGUGUUGGAUAACUGUAGCUUGUCAGAGUUUGAUGAAAUGUACCUUUAAAUGAGUAUACCUUUCCACAUAAUGGAGUGAUAAUGUAUUAACAUCUCAUUAUGAAUGACUGCUAACUCUUACUUCAUAGGGUUUCACAUACAAACUGAUAUAAUAUGACUGUUUAAAAGAAGGUAAAUGGCAUUAAGAAUUUUGAUAUCAAAUUAGCAGCUUAUUUCUCCAUAUUGUAUUUUUUAUCCCCUUAAGAUAUGUUUCUUAUAUCCUAAUGAUAUUUCUUGCCUGACUUUUCGUCCAUAUUAUUUUGCUUACAUCAAUUAUUUACUGUUGUGGGAUCAUUUAGUUAAUUGACAUCUUCACUAGGACAAAAGUCUUUCCUCCUAAUCUAGAUCACAAACUGUUUCAUUGCAUUUUUCCCUAAUCAUUGAAAAUGAAAAUUUAACAAAUCUGUGAACGAUACGAGUCAUUGUUGCCUUAUAUAUUUUCUGCUGCCAAAAUUACUCCUCUGUGUUUUGAUAUAAUGGAGUCAAUCUGAACAUGCACGUUGCACGACCUCUGUGUCACAUUUUCUUUAAUUUUUUUCUUUUCAUUCAAAUGUGGAGUAGCAUUGUUAAAAGAGCAUUGUUUCAAAAUGAAUGUACAUACCGUCCUCAUAUUAGUAUCGCCUCCCAACACACGAUAUAACAUGGAUGAUACUCACCUGUCCUUGAAUUAACUUCAGAGAUGUACGCCAGAGAAAACUGAUUGUUUUUCUUUUUCUCCGCCCCAGGAUGCAUUUUUCCAGGAUCAUUUACCUUACAGAAUGGUUGGGACAUUUGUACCUGUUUUUGUUGACUUUAAUAAACUGUUUAAAAAAAGAUGUAAAUCACAAAUGUAAAAUUAAAAUAAAAGAAAAGAUUA